AUGGCUGCUCUACCCCCUGCAGCGCCGGCAUUUCAAAAAGCUCAUAUAAAAGAGAACCGCGGCCCUUCGUUCUUCGUCACCAUGCUCUGUGUGACCAAUUUUCUAUGUGUGCAUUAUGGAGUCGGCAAACAUCUAAUUGCCAUCAAUCCGGCGACUGCAUAUGAGAUAUUGCACAUCGGAUUCUUUGAUUCUUUAUGCUAG